AUGUUAGUGUUGAUCUUCUUAGCUGCACUGUUAUCAGUGCAGCAUUCUUCAGCAGAAACCAAGGUAAGAAAAUUCUAAUUCUAUACUUCACAAUCUGGCUAUUUUAUCUGAAGACUGCUACACCAUCGUGUAGUACGAAACUAUAUAGUAAUAAAAUGCCUAGUCAAAUCUUCAGUUUUUGUGAUAAAAUAUGUACUUCUGGUACUUCACAAACUGGAUAAUUGUAAAUGUUCUACCAUUCCUUUAUGGUCUACUUAACAAAAUCCUCGAAGGAUAGUUCUUCAUAAGGCUCUUAUCUACUUGUAGUUAUAAUAAGUUAUCAUAUCUCGCGAAAAUUAUCGAGAUAUUAUAUAAAACAAUGAAAAUUUCGGAGAUGCUGUGAAUUGCAGACUUGAUGAGGUUAGUUUUAGGUAAGAACAUUACCUUUCUUCGCCGCACUUUUCAGCAUACUCACCCUACCCAACGUAACCAUGAGUUAGAAACAUGUUAUACUCCAUCAGCCCUUUAAAUGUUUUUUCGAAAACUAUUGAAUACAAUAUUUCUCUCAAAAAUUGCGAAAUUUAAAACUCCCGAAAACAGCCCUUAAAUUUUCGUUUAUACAUGUACAGUUAAUAGGAACCAAGAAAUACCUGUUUGUCUGCAUGUCAAAUCGCAUGUUUCGCCACUUACAACCAAAGGCCAAGAUCUUCACAUGAUCACACUGCGGAAAAAGCCCACGCAACACACGUAAAAUAUAUCCAAUUUCCCUGACACACGUUUACACCUUAAAUGAAACAUAAAGGCGCCACAAAACGAGGAAUCAUUACGCCGUGAAACAAGGACAGUCAGCUGAAACUUGCCGACGCAAAAAUUUCCACUGCGAGGAGGACGGUUUUAAUACGAGUAAAGAAACAGUUUUAAUAACAGAAUUGUUCAACGCAGUUAACGAGGCGUAACGCAACGACGUUCUAUUCGGCAGCGCAUAUUUUAUACAAUCUUUUUUUACUAUAAGAAUAUAUUUUAUAUAAUGAAUAUCGAGGCUGAAAUUUGAGAAAUUUUAAGAAUAUUUUAAGAAUAAACCCCAGGCUGAGGUUUUGAAAAGGAUAUAAUUUUGUGUGUUCAAAAACUGUAAAUACAAUAGAAUUGUAUGUUUUCAACUUAUUCCAUUCUCUAGACGAUAAAACUUGCAAACAAGACCAAAAGUCCUGAACUAACUAUAACUGAUACCCCAAUAUAUACCUUAUUCUCCUUAAUUUUCGCGGGUUCUUAAAUUCGCUAUUUUCGCGAUUUUAAAAAAUUCGCGAACUUAAAGACCUGCGAAAAAUAACGACCGCGAACUUUGAUCUGGCGAAAUUUAAUGGACAUAGCAAAAUCUUGUAUUUGUGUUUUCAAGGGUCCUAAGCAAUUUUCAACAGAAGGUGUUAGUACAAGGAGCUAUCACCCAUCAACUUUAGAUUUUAAUCAGUGUCAAGAUUCGCCUCAAGUUCUUCUUCGGCAUCUGAGUAAUCAUCUUCACACAGUUCCUCCAAUACGUCCUUUAUACAGUCGUCAAAUUGACCAUCCUGUACCGGCUCCUUGUGGUGUGUAGUUACGAGUGUCUUGUAUCUUUCCAUUAUUGCCCUGUUCCUUGGUGUAUCGUCCUUUUCACAUAUCCCCUCAACAGGAAUUUCCAGACCUCCCUGAAUCAAUGGGGAUCGACGAUAGUUUUCAUCAGUAACUUUGAAGAUGAACCACCCCACCUCUCAAUAAGAAAAAGCGAGUAGCUCUAGAAAUCUCUCUGGGCAAAUGGCCUAUAAUUGAAUCGGCCAGGCGACCACGGAGCCGUUUGUUAGCUGCAAUUGCGUAACGAUCGUAGAUUGUUUCGUUCGUGAGAACAUCUCAAAAGCUGCCCGACGAUGGGCUUCCAAAUUUCUUUGUAAACAUGGAAUCCACGAAGGGCUGUACAACCAUCUCAGCAGUGACAUUGGUAGGCGCCACAUCGCUAAAGAGUGGGAAAAGGCUGGCAUCGCCCAACUAUUAGAUGAAUCGUUUAGUCUUCCCCCUGAGGAUCCAUUUGAAGAGAUUGAAGGUUCUAUUGAGAUCUCCUAGAAAGGACAUGUAAAGAUACUCUCAAUACUCGAUAAUGACUCGGAAGAACAAGAAGACUUUUUUUAUUACUGUAAGACUGACUUCUAGAGGAAUACAGCUGCCGCUAAGGGACAGCAUAUUGGUUUUGUUUCAAUUGUUGAGUAACGUACAAUUUUUGUAAAAAAGAAAACAUAAAGUCACUUAAUCGUCAAUUUCGCGAAAUUAAAUUCCCUGCAAACACAAUUUUUCUCCGCGAUCGCGAAAUUAAAGACUCACGAAAUGUACCCCGAAAAUUUUCGCGAAAUUAAAGUCCCGCGAAAAUAAAGGAGAAUAAGGUACAGUGAAACCUCUAUUAAGCGGAUCCCCAGUUAAGCGGCACGCUCUGUUAAGCAGACACAAAGCCUGGUCCCGAAACGAACGUCUGAUAUUUCCCUUUAUAACGAACCCCUAUUCUGCGGACACCUCUAUUAAGCGGACGCGGACACUAAAAUAAGUUGUAUUUGGCUAUUUUCUAUUGCUAAAAAUCUCUAUUAAGCGGACAUCGGACUGAAUUGACAAUGGUAGUAUUGGAUUACGUUCUUGAAAUACCAGGGUCGUAACGAGGUAUAUAGGAUCAGGGAUCACAGCGCCGGGAUCUGGGAUCACAAGCCGUGGGAUCGGGAUCAGUAGUACUGUAAGGGGAUCAGGGAUCCGGCUCCUCUCUCGGAUAUAACAACCAAGACCACAAAUGCUGAAAUGCGCCUUAAUUGGAGGGACCUGCCAACGUUCUAAAAUUCAGUUGUAAUUUUGCUUUAACAUUUGGAUCCGGUACUAAACUGUAUGCAAUCCGAUCUAGCUGAAUCGUCCAAAAUCCAGGAAACAAAAUCCGCAUAAAUCUGGAAAUAAAUUGAUGCAAAAUUGUGAAGCCAGAUUCCUUUUAAAUUUCUUGUCGCUACACCUUUUCAAUUUUAUACUAGCAUCGUAAGCCGUUGUUGCUCAUACGCCUGUUGCGAUGGUAGCCUGCGUGGCGCAGGCUAUUGCGAUGGGGAUUCUCUUAUCAUCCUGGUCUUGUAGAAUUCUGUAGCUACUUUGAUCGCUGGUCAAGCCAAUCUUUGCCCAAAGAGAUCUCAUUUGGAUCUCAUUUUUCUGGAGCAGGAGUUACUGAGCAGCGUGGCGCCUAUAUACGCACACACGCCCGUACAGCUAAGAUAAGAAAAUAAAAAAAAUUAUUUCCUGAAAAAGCAUUUUUAUUGCUUGAAAAUCAAGAUGACUGAUACCUCGUUCGCACUAUAUUGGUGACUUUGUGUUAGUGAUUACUCAGUUAUCCAUUUAUUAUUCCACAAUCCUAAGGGUGUCACUCGCCUUUUUUUCAUAAAGAAUGUACCUUACCGACAGCUCUAGAGAUGGGUAAAGUAAACAAUAACUAACUAACUGCACUUUCCUGCGUAUCAAAUCACUGCAAAAAAUGCUGGAAAUAGCAUUUCCGAGACCCUAAAUUUGAAAAUUUUCUGGGGGAGCAUGCCCCCUGACUCCCCUAGGCUGGGCCGCCUUCGGUGCUGCAAAUCUUUAUCACCGCAUCGUACACCUUCAAGAUCUCAGGCUACGCCCCUGAAGCUACGCACACUAUGAGUAGUCUACAAGGAUAGUUAGAUGGUGAUGCACGACUACAGGCGUCUAGUUUUCUGUCGUUUUUAUAUGAUAUGCAGCUAAUCCAACCCAGAUUGAAUCCAGGGAUCAAAAAAUUUUCAUGGGGUCAGGGAUCAAGAUUUGCAGCAAUUUUGGGAUCAAGGAGCAAAAUUUAAGGUCGAAAUGUGGGAUCAGGCGGGAGAAAAUAUACUUCGUUACGACCCUGAAAUACGUAUUGAAGUCAGUUAAUGUUUUUUCCAUUUACAAACAAAUUAAAGUUAGUAAUGAAAGGUAAUGGACUCGAACUCUGGAUAGCUUCUUUAACAACAUGCAACUUUAUCACAGUACAGAGUAACCGUUGACUGUUGAUCGUUAACAAACAUUGCGCAAUUUUUUCAACCUAGCUCUAUUAAGCGGACACUUGGGAAAGUUCCGAAUGUGCCCGCUUUUAAAAUAGAGGUUUCACUGUAGUUCUAAAACGAAAAUGUCAUUAGCUAUAAUUUAAGAAUAAUACAGGAAUAGUUUCAGCCUAUAAUCGGCAGACAAAUAAAAAUAUUCAGUCUGGGCCGGAUAAAACAAAAUUCUUAUAAAAAAGGGUGUAAUCCACCCAAAAUGCGAAGAGUUAGUGGUCGCUUUAAUACGGGAGGCGGUCGCUUAUUUUACAAGAAUCGAACUGCAUAGGCCCUUUACGAAAAGAAGUCCGGACACAGCUACUUUUCGGGGGGAAUGUACAUGUAUUGUAUGCAAUUGUUAGGUUACAAUGUAUGUAAAUUCAUGUUGUUCCCAUACGUUCUUCACAUAUUCUGAGUCUAGCGUACUGAAUACAGCGAACACAGACUACUAAGAUCAGACCAUUGUAUCAGAAUGUCGCUAAGAAGAGAUUAAAAACAAUGGAAAAUUCUAAAACCGCCAUACUAAAAAGUGAUCACGGUCACUUCGCUUGCGAGAGGUGAUCGUUUACGAGAGUUUCCAACUAUAAGGCUUUGACUGGGAAAUUUUGGUGUUUUGGAUAGGUGGUCGCUUACGAGAGGUGGUCGUACAUAGAGGUUCCACAGCACUGUAAUUACAAUUUGUACUAAAACUUAUACUUUUUGGUCCAGGAGAAAAUCCCUUACUACCAGCUGUUUACACCCAUGAAGUUAGUGAGAUCAGCAAGCUUUAUCUACCAUCAACAUACCGUGACCGCCACCAAACUGACCUUCCUGAGAGCACCAGUGCAUUUCGCUCGCCUCAUACAAGUGCCACUUAUUCCAGCAGAAACGCUAAGCGCCGAUGCAAACCUUGUUAUAAAAAUGGUCAUCGGGACUGACAUUGACAUCGGUCAGGGAGAAAGCGAUCCCUCGUACGUGAUUUCCGACGGUCAGUUUUUUGUUGGUGUUCAAAUACGCGACAAAAACAAUUACAAAACUUCGACACCUUGUCUUCUUAUGGAAGCAAGCAGCGGCAACAUUUUUGGUAGUGAUCGUCGUUAUGGUUCGCCUUUGCCAAAGCCCGCCGAGUCUUACUACCCGGGAAGGGUUGAGACCAAGCUAAGCCUGUCUGACCGGUGGGGAACCUGUUUUACUUUCCACGAUGGCGGCUUCAGCAGAGAGAUGAUUUUCCAACGCAAGCUUAAUCCUCAAAACGGCCUAUUUCUGGAAAUAUACGCUGAUGACAGCAGCGAAAAAGUGGGCAUCAAGUACAUUGAAGUGAGCAUUGUUCGAGAAGGCUGA